AUCGGCUCGUCUCCGACACCCAUCCAUUCUAUUCUCUCUUCUCUCCGAUCGAUGGGCUCCACAAAGACAUGACUUCACUGACUCUAUCUCCCUACCCCAUAAUCUCUUCAUAGCUUCCCUCAAACAUGGUGCUCUCAAAGCAAAUCCGCCGGGUAGCAGUCAUUGGGGCCGGCCCGUCAGGCCUGGCUGCGGUAAAAUACCUCCUUGCCGAAAAGCAUUUUGAGCGGGUUGAUGUCUUCGAAAAGAGAAGCUCUGCUGGCGGAGUCUGGAACUACUGUCCGGGGACCUUGAAGGAGAACUUGAUAACUGCUGUCCCCCAACUGGACCCGAACAGACCGCUCGAAGAGCCAUUAUGGUACCCGACAGCAGGGCAGGAGAAACCUCUGGAGCCCGUUUUCGUGUCUCCUCUCUAUAAGCACCUGGACACCAAUAUUCCCAAGGAGCUGAUGGGAUACGGUGAUCAGUCAUUCGAGCCUGACUCUCAGGUGUUCCCGAAGCAUUUCACAGUGAAGAAAUAUCUAGAUGAAUAUGCGGAAGAAAUUAGAGACAUUAUUCGUUUUGAGACGCAAGUCGUGGAUUUGAGGAAGGCUGGUGGUGUUGCUGACCCUUGGUCUUUGACAACGAAAAGUCUGCGUGAGGGUACAGAGAAGACGCAUUCAUACGACGCUGUAGUCGUCGCCAGUGGACACUACGAUGUCCCAUAUACGCCGGAUAUUCUAGGGAUCAGCGACUGGAAUACCAGAUACCCGGGCAUCAUCUCACAUUCCAGACUAUUUGACUCUGCGGAGUUCUUCCGCCAGAAGAAGGUCAUCGUUGUGGGGACUUCAGCAUCUGGACUGGAUAUCGGUAACCAGAUCAGUGAAGUGUGCAAGGGCGCUUUAUUGAUUUCGCAACGCUCCGAAUCACCCUUAGCACCAACUGUUCCAUCCCCAAACAAAAUCUACCGUCCAGAGAUUGUGGAGUUUCUGCCACCAGGGUCCCACGAGCGGGCCGUCCGUUUUGCAGAUGGCCACAUCGAACAGGAUAUCGAUGCGAUUGUAUUCUGUACGGGAUAUCUCUACUCCUUUCCUUUUCUACCAUCGCUCGAACGCCCCGUGAUCUCCAAUGGACGCCGCGCCCAGAACACGUACCAACACCUUUUCUAUAUCUACGACCCCACGCUUGUCUUCCCAGCCCUCCCACAGCGAAUUAUUCCUCUCCCCCUAUCGGAGAACCAGGCCGCCGUGUUUGCCCGUGUCUGGUCUGGGAGACUGAGCCUUCCGGCCCAAGACGAGAUGAGAGCUUGGGAAGACUCGACCAUAGCCGAAAAGGGGAACGAGACACCGUUUCAUUUUCUCUCUUUCCCGCUGGAUGCUGAUUACUUGAACUUCUUCCAUGACUGGGCAGCUAGGGCUGAACCCCGACAGGGUCUUGCCAACGAUGGAAAUGGAAAACAGUGCAAUUACUGGGGCGAGAAACAGAAAUGGAUACGAAGAAUGCUGCCGGAGAUCAAACGGACCUUUUUGGAAAAAGCCCAGGAGCGGGACUCUAUCAAGACUCUUGAGCAACUCGGUUAUGACUUUGAGAAGUGGAAAAGGGAACAAGACGACGGUGUUUCAGCACCUAAAUUAUAGACGCUACUUGUAAUGAAUUAUAUAUAUAGAG